ACCAGACGUUCCGAACCCAGUUGAUAGCAAGCUAGCUUUAGAUACCCUCCCUCAGAGGCUAUCUCUAGCUAAAAGGUCCUAUCUAGUUAGCAAUGGCCAUCGCCGGUGCUCUCUUCCUCCUCUUCUCGACGACCUUCAGUCUCGUCGCCCCGCAAGCCGCGGCCGGCGGCUACGGAGGGUGGCAGAGCGCGCACGCCACGUUCUACGGCGGCGGCGAUGCUUCCGGCACAAUGGGCGGCGCCUGCGGGUACGGCAACCUGUACAGCCAGGGGUACGGCACGAACACGGCGGCGCUGAGCACGGCGCUGUUCAACGACGGCGCGGCGUGCGGGUCCUGCUACGAGCUGCGGUGCGACAACGACGGGCGGUGGUGCCUGCCGGGCUCCAUCACCGUGACGGCCACCAACUUCUGCCCGCCCAACUACGGCCUCCCCAGCGACGACGGCGGCUGGUGCAACCCGCCGCGCCCGCACUUCGACAUGGCCGAGCCGGCCUUCCUCCACAUCGCGCAGUACCGCGCCGGCAUCGUGCCCGUCGCAUACAGAAGGGUCCCGUGCGUGAAGAAGGGCGGCAUCCGGUUCACCAUCAACGGCCACUCCUACUUCAACCUGGUGCUGGUCACCAACGUGGCCGGCCCCGGCGACGUGCGGUCCGUCUCCAUCCGGGGCUCCCGCACCGGGUGGCAGCACAUGUCCCGCAACUGGGGCCAGAACUGGCAGAGCAACGCGCACCUGGACGGGCAGAGCCUCUCGUUCCAGGUCACCGCCAGCGACGGCCGCACCGUCACCAGCAACAACGCCGCCCCCGCCGGCUGGCAGUUCGGCCAGACCUUCGAGGGCGGCCAGUUCUAGAGACCAUGGAUCGACCAGCUUCCUCCAUCGAUCUCAACAAAUCACAGGAGAGAGAUGCUAAUCAUCCGAUAAUUGUUGAUUUGUUUUGCGUAGGGAAGCAUGCAUGCAAGAGAAAGACGAAGCCUCUUCGAUUAUAGCCAAGAACGAGGCUUUGUGCUACGCUGAGGCUGCUAAUUAGCACCCGCCUAGACGUUUCCUUCUCUGGAUCGGACUUGAAGAUUGGACCGCCAAGAAGAAAAUAAUUGAUUUUUUUUUCACUUUUGAACGUUCUUAUUGUACCGCAUCGGCCUUGUGUGGAAAUUAAAAAUCGCAAGGCCGGCCAUUUAAGGGCUUGUUUAAUAGAGUUUCAACUCCAAAAAAAUUUAAAGCCGAGUAUAUCUAGCUUUAAAAUUUUGCGAGGUUAGAACUGUGGGUAUCUUAUUUUUAUUUUAAUUUAAAAAUAUAUGUUUAAAUUAUUUUAUUUUAUUAUAUAAAUUUCAAAUCUAAGAUAUAAUGAUCCAUCAGCUUAUUCAGUAGUAGCUUGUGGUGUGUUGGGGUGGUGACUGUCGGUGUUUGUUGGGGGUGUAACCCCAAGUACGUAUCUUCUCCUCACAUGGGUGGGGACGGAGGCGUUUGUGCGUGUCACGAGCGGUGUCGGUUGCGCCGCGGUGUACAGCUCCUAGCUGCAUGCUGGUUCAGUGCAGUGCAGUGUCAGUGCUGUAUAUGAUAAGCUUGUGAUCCAUCGAUUUCAUUAUCCACGGCAUGUGAACCUGCUCUGUGUACUA